AUGGGAGAGACUUUGAAGUUUCAGGGAUUAAACAAAAUUGAAGGAGGAAAAGAUUUCGUAAAUAAACAAUUUUCUGAAGUUCUUAAAAAUCUUAAAGUAAUCGAUUCAAAUUAUGCAACAGAACCUAUUGAGACAUCUUUUAACUGGAAUGAAAUAGCCAGUGGCAUAAAGGAUAUUGAAGGAGAGUGGUAUCUUGUUGCUUUUCGAUCUAUCGGAAGUGUAAACGCAAAUAAUAAUUCUUUGUCAUAUGCUGAAAAAAAAGCCUAUAAUAAAGCAGAAAAACAUGGAGGGUUGCUCAAGUAUUGGUCCGGUGAAUUCAAUCAAAAUCGAGAAUGUCUUUCGAUGUGCAUUUGGGCAAGUAAAGAUAUUGCAGUUAAUGCAAGUAAAAAAUCUCAGCAUACUGCAGCAAAAAGGUUGGCUAAUAUCUCGAAUUAUGAAUUCUAUGACUUAGAGAGUAGACUUCGCGAUGAAAACCAACGUCUUAAUAAGGAUCUCGAAAUCGUCAGAAGGUUUGGUGAGAAUAUGAUUGCUAAUCAAAAUGCACAAAUAAGAAAUUUACAGGAUCGUUCAUGCGCAAAUAUGAAAUUUACAGGAUCGAAUAGAAAUAAUAGUGCGAAACUAAGGGAAAUAG